AAUUGGUUAGGAAUUGGUCAGGAAUUACAAGUGGGUGUUAGGAAAGUGAUAUCGGAUUUCGGCAAACGUGACCUUUAACCCGGGUAAAAGAUGGCGGCCUCCAUGAGUCCGCCAUUGCUCCAUGAGUCCGCAAUUGCUCCGUGAUUCAGAAAUUCAGAAUUUGGCUAUACACAAGUGACAAGUGAGGCGAGGUCAUCAUGUCUAAGAUGGGGCGGUUACAUGCUGCAUGUAUAGACGUAGUGAUGUUGGUGUUCAGCGUGUUUGCUAUGCCUAAGAAAGGAAGAGGUGAUGGAUAUUGGGCGCAUAUCAUGCGACAAUAUGCCAAUGGUCACUACCAAUUUGGCAUUGGCCAAAAGCCGGGGAGUAAGAGGUGGAAGGCAGAACUGAAGAAAGUUGAGAGUUGCCCGCGCCACAACACCCCCCAGACCACGGAUCUGAUGGGGCGCAGAAUCGUCUGCAACUGUUCUUACCAUGAGGAUGCUACAACUCAACCACAAGUGGUGCAUCCAGGCCAGCCAGAAGUGGUGCAUCCCCCCCAGUCAAAAGUGGUGCAGCCCACCCAGCCACGAGUGGUGCGUCCAGGCCAGCCAGAAGUGGUGCAUCCCCCCCAGUCAAAAGUGGUGCAGCCCACCCAGCCACGAGUGGUGCGUCCAGGCCAGCCAGAAGUGGUGCGUCCCCCCCAGCCAAAAGUGGUGCAGCCCACCCAGCCACAAGUGGUGCGUCCAGGCCAGCCAGAAGUGGUGCGUCCCCCCCCCCCCAGUCAAAAGUGGUGCAGCCCACCCAGCCACAAGUGGUGCGUCCAGGCCAGCCAGAAGUGUGAGCCAGCCCCCCUCUCGCCAGGAAAGUCAACCAGGAAAGAGCAGGCCCUCUGUCCCUCCGCCCUCUCGUCAGGUGAGCCAGCCCCCCUCUCGCCAGGAGAGUCAACCAGGAAAGAGCAGGCCCUCUGUCCCUCCGCCCUCUCGUCAGGUGAGCCAGCCCCCCUCUCGCCAGGAGAGUCAUCCAGGAAAGAGCAGGCCCACUGUCCCUCCGCCCUCUCGUCAGGUGAGCCAGCCCCCCUCUCCCCAGGAGAGCCAAACAGGAAAGAGCAGGCCCUCUGUCCCCCCACCAUCCUCAAGUCCUCCUAUCCAACCAAUUGUAUCACCAACUAUCCAGAUGAGGCAGCCUUCAUUGGACUGGGGCAGGUUUUUACCCAGCCAGUUUAG